AUGAACUUAGUAAAUGUCUCUUUGGUGACAGAAUUCAUUCUUGUAGGAUUAACAGACCAGCCCGAACUUCAAAUGCCCUUGUUCUUUCUCUUUCUAGCAAUGUAUCUGGUCACUGUAUUGGGAAAUUUGUGUUUAAUAAUUCUGACUGUGAGGAAUUCUCACCUCCACACUCCUAUGUACUUUUUUCUCUUUAACUUGUCCUUUAUAGACGUUUGCUAUUGUUCUGUGUUCACUCCCCAAAUGCUGAUGAACAUUGUAUUAAGGAAGAAUAUAAUUUCUUACAUGGAAUGUAUGACUCAAGUCUUUUUCUUUAGCCUCUUUGCUGUUUCUGAGUUUUAUGUGUUGACUUCAAUGGCCUAUGAUCGCUACAUGGCCAUUUGCAAUCCACUGUUGUAUAAUAUUGUAAUGUCUCCCAAAUUAUGUUUGAAACUUAUGCUUGGGUCCUACUGCAUUGCAUUUUCUACUGCUGUUGCUCACACUGAAUGCAUGCUGAGACUGACCUUCUGUGGUGCAAACACCAUCAACCACUACUUCUGUGAUAUUCCUCCUUUGCUCCAGCUGUCCUGCACGAGCACAUAUGCAAAUGAACUUGUAAUUCUUGUUGCUGGGAGCAUCAACAUCAUUGUUCCUACUUCAACUAUCUUUAUAUCUUAUGGUUUCAUCCUCUACAGCAUCUUCCACAUCAGUUCCUCUGAGGGCAGGUCCAAAGCAUUCAGCACCUGCAGCUCCCACAUUAUUGUUGUUUCUCUGUUCUUUGGUUCAGGUGCAUUUGUGUAUUUCAAACCCUCCUCAGCUGGGUCUGUGAAUGAAGGAAAAAUCUCUUCUGUCCUUUACACCAAUGUGGUUCCCAUGAUGAAUCCCUUAAUCUACAGUUUGAGGAACAAAGAUAUUAAAGUUGCCCUGAUGAAAUGUGUGAGCAGCAGGAACUUUUGA